GCAGCAUUGCAUCGAAACUGUUUCGACGUACACUGAAACACAUUUGAAGAAGUAUAAUUAGCUCUGACUACAUACAUUAUUGUAUGCUCUGUAUAGGUUUCAUGUUGUUAUGUUGUAGGAAUAACACUAAACAAAUGUACCGCUACAUUACGAGGAGUGUUUGUGGAGGAGGAAACGCGUCCUUCUCUCAUUCUCUGUCACUGAAGCCAGGAAAAAAUAGAGACUGGAGUCCAGAGCAUUGCAGCUUCUUCUCUUGCCAUUCUGCUUCGGAUUUCCAAAUCCUGUCACUCAGACACAGAGAACACCAUGUGCAAAGUCCUACCCGACCCAUGAGCUCCGGGCCAAGAAGAAGAAGAGCUCUGCCCAGUGCCUUCUCUGCGCUUGACCUGCCCCUCCAGCCUUUAUUUCGGCAUGUUUGCGAAGCUAACCUUAAAAACAGCACUGCCUGCCAAAACAAGUAUGAGGAGUUGAUGAAGAAGGUGAGAAAGGGGGGUGGGGAGAAUGCCAUUGCCAGACACACUCAGAGGAACAAUAAGUUGCUGGUAAAUGAUCGCCUUCGCCUGCUUUUGGAUGAUGAGGACUUCCUGGAACUUUCGCCGUUGGCUGGUUUGGGUCUCCCCUACGGAGAUAUCCCUUCAGCUGGAUGCUUAACAGGCAUAGGCCGGAUCAAUGGCCUGUGGUGCGUGUUCAUUGCCAACGAUGCCACUGUGAAGGGCGGCACCGCUUAUCCAAUCACAGUGAAGAAGCAGCUGCGGGCACAGGAAGUGGCCAUCCAGAACCGCCUCCCAUGUGUCUACCUGGUUGAUUCUGGAGGCGCGUUUUUACCACUUCAGUCAGAAAUCUUCCCAGACAAGAACCAAGGCGGAAGGACGUUCUACAAUGAAGCCAUAAUGUCUGCGAGGAAAAUCCCACAGGUGGCGGUGGUGUGUGGCUCGUGUACAGCUGGGGGAGCUUAUAUACCCACCAUGGCGGAGGAGACGGUGAUGGUGGACCGCAUAGGGACUAUAUUCCUGGGAGGCCCGCCACUCGUUAAAGCUGCCACCGGAGAGGAAGUGACACCAGAGAACCUGGGUGGAGCCAAGCUUCACUCUGAAGUCAGCGGCUGUGUGGACCAUUUUGCCAAGCAUGAGAAGGAAGCCUAUGAGUGCACACGAAACAUAAUUUCCACCCUGAACUUCGAACUUCCCCAGGAGGAAGACGAGCAGCGGUGGAAGGCCGAAGAGGAGCCUUUAUAUGGCUGUGAAGAGUUGCUUCAACUGGCUCCACUGAAUUACAACCACAGUCUGGACGUCCGCAUGGUCAUUAGUCGUUUGACAGAUGGCAGCAGAUUCCAGGAGUUCAAAGCUCGCUAUGGCACCAACCUUGUCACUGGUUUUGCCAAGAUACACGGCCACCAAGUGGGUAUAGUAGCCAACAACGGAGAGCUGUCCAAUGAAGCAUCACUCAAAGGCAGCCAUUUUGUCCAGUUGUGUGACCAGAGAGACAUUCCCCUCCUCUUCCUCCAGAACACGGUGCCCAGAUCAAAGCAAACGCUGGACGUGGCGCAGGCAGAGGUCAACUCUAACUGUCUGAAGGCUCUGAGUUCGAUGAUGUCGGCGGUGGCAUGUGCUUCGGUCCCAAAGAUCACUGUUGUGAUUGGUGGUUGCCAUGGUGUCGACAGCUAUGCCAUGUGCGGGCGCUCCUUCGACCCCAACUUCUUGUUCCUGUGGCCCAACGCCAGAGUCUCUGUGAUCGCCCCAGGCCAUGCAUGCUCUCUGCUGCCCCCCGGUGGCGAAGAGGAGGAGGAGCAGGAUGCAAACAGGAAACUGGAGGAGGAGAGCUCCGCGUUCUUCUCAUCUGGUCGGCUCUGGGACGAUGGAAUCAUUCUCCCUCAGGAAACCAGGAAGGUACUCCGAGCCUGUCUAGACAUCAUCAGGCAACAGCAAUAUCAGAUCUCCACAGAGAAGCAAAGGGCCCCUCUGCUGAGGAUGUAGAGCCUACCUUAUACUGAGUAUAUGAGGAUACAGUAUACUGAGUAUAUACUGCAGCUUUUCCAGUCACACUAGAGAUGCCUUGUCUAAUCUUUUCAUUCAUUAGUCACUGGAAAUAAACUACGAAAUGAAUACAAAUGAAUAGAAAAGUAUUUGAAGUAGUAGGAAAAAAAUUAGACACAUUUUGUGUUUUAAUUCUGUAUGACGAUUGUUAGUGUUGAUAUUUGUGUGACUUCUGAUCAUUUAAAACACAUAUUGUGAAUGAGCAAUGAAAUGUAAAUCUGGUGUUUAUUUGUAUACAACUAAAAUGUAUAUAUAUUUCGGACCGAUAUUAAACAUAGUACGAUACAAUAUAUCUGAAAUAGAUGAACUUUAUUAAACAUAUAUAAAGGUACAAUUUAGAUAUCAAUCAAUUGUACUGUAAAAGA